UGAAGCUAGAAUCCAGCACGCUCUUUUUCUCCUGUGUGUUGAGUUUUCUGCGUCGUUGUUGUUUGUUUGUUUUUUUAAUCAACACUUUCCCUGCUCAUAUUGAUGUGUUUGUGAUGAGUUAAUGCUGCAGUGACAGAGAUGGAGUCUGUGUUAGGACACCUGCAGCACAUACUGGAGUUACUGGCCGUGUCGCAGACGGACUGUGUGAAUGAAUGGGACUAUCACACGACACUCAAGGCGUUUCAGUGGGCAGAGUACUGCGAGCACCUGCACAGCCGCUUCCACACGAACCCUGCGGUCAGACCCGCGCUCGAGUCCCGCGUGCAUGACACCAACCGGCGCCUGCGGGAAACCUUUCCUUCAUAUUCUCCAGUGAUGUUGUCAGAGCUCGCUCAGUGUCAACACAAACUGCUCAUUAACUUACUCAGAAACCCAUCUGCACCAAGCUCCAUAGUCCAAAGACUGUUUCCCGAUUCCAGACAUACAGAACAGGGAUUAAAGUUGGACCAGAAUGGCCUUAUUACUUGUAAAUCUGCUUUUAAACUGCUAUGCUGCAGUUUGGACAAGACUAGUUCUGCUGGUUUACAGGUUGAAGCAGAAGUGAGAGGUAAACUGCUCGGGAAACACUUGAACUCCAUAUUAACUCGACCAGGUAAUGAAGACUAUGCGAGAACGCUGUUGGAGUCCAUCCUCUGUGACAGCGCGGGAAACAUGGAAAGCCUUAAUGACGUCAUCGCAUCUGCACUUCUUUCCAGUGAUGACGGAACGAACAGCGUCACUCAGCGCUUCAUCCUGGGCUGGCUUCAAAGUCACGACGGAUGUUUUAGUAAACUGUGCGAGUCGUUGUCUCCUGGGCUGUGUAGCAUCCUCUCCACACAGUCUGUGGAGUUUAAACAGGCAUACUGGGGUGUUUUGAAACAGUGGGCGUCCUGCUUAGAGUAUGACGUCUUGCAGAGCGUGUGGGUGCUGACGACAGAUGGUUCUGUGACGUUUAAUGUAUUAGCUGAUCGACUGAGAGAUUUACUAAAGACAGGGUCACCAUUAAAACAGGAGACGGAGACUCAGCUUGCAGAACUGAAACUGGAAAGUGGUGACUUUGAUGUGAAAGGCAUCAGUGUGUGGACUGAUCUAAUCAUUCAACUGAAGCUGUAAUGACAUCACAUUUGAAUAUGGUGAUGGAAGUAAGGAAUUGUAUUUAUGUUUAAGUAAAUAACCUUUAUUCAUAAAUUAUGUUUUGUCUUUAUUAUUAUGAGCCAUGAAUUAAUAUUGUAGUUUUCAUAAUUGGAAAACAUGUAAAGAUAGAUACUUGUGUGCUUUCUGCCUCGGGCUCCGAGCCGACAGGGGGAGACAGUGCGCUGUAUAUAAUAUAUAUACAUGGGUGUUUCUUCAAUUGUGGGCAAUUACAUGUCCCAGGGCUUGAUUUUUGUCAAAACUAACACAUUAGAACUGACUUAGAAACCUUUUAGGCUUUUGUCAUUUAGGGUACUUUUUAAAUGCCUUUUAUGAACAGAUUUCAGUGUUUUAGCCUUGUCCCAGAACCAGAUAUUCAAUAUUAAACUAUGAAAAUCCGUUAUAAAAAUACAAAUUAUUAGAUGUUUAAAAUUAUGUUAAUCUAAACAAAGUGUGAAAUAAAAAUAAACUAUUUUAAUAUUUAUUAUGUAAAAAUUAUUUCUAUCAAAUUUUUGUGUGUGUGUGUGGAAACUAGGACUGUCUCACAGUUGUUGCGUCUUUUUCACCACACCAAACA